UCGUUCAACUCAAGGCAAGACCUUGUUCAGUGUUCGCUUUAGUCACGAUGUCUGAACCUCUGCAUUUAAUGCCAGUCGAAACAUGGGACGAAAUAAAGAAAGUAUUACAUUCUGAUUUUCCAAGAUGUUUAUCAGGUUAUACAUUCCUAGACAAUAUGGAAGGUAUUAUGAAACUGAACCUUGAUUACGGCGUCAAAGUUUAUUGCCCUUACGGAAAUUUGAUUAAUGGAAUUGUAGCGCUUAAUGUAAAGAAUUCCUUUUACGAAGUGAUUAUCCAAUGCCCGAAUAAUGACACCACAGAACUUGAAGAAGCUUUGAAAACAACAAAAGUUAUAGACUGGGCGCGAAAACUUGAAGUGCCGUUCGCACCUAAAAAUGUACGAGACUGUAUGGAAAGAAUCAUAAAUGAAAGAAAUUACACAUUACAGUACAUUGAUAUUACAGACACGUUUAUACUCAAGAGAAACGCAAUGCCAUUCGAUAUAAGACUAGCCCCGGAACUGUCCUUCAAACUUCUUACUUUACAUUACAAGGAUACGGUUAAUAACGCAUGGCCGCACAAAUACCCGGGAUCUGAUUGGUAUUUUGAAUUACUAAUAAAAGCCAAUUUAGGCUACGGCCUGUUUAAAGGAGAUGAGCUAAUUUCGUGGGUUUUCAUUAAAGAAAUGGGAGCGCUCGGACAUCUCUACACUUUGGAGGAGCAUAGAAGGAAAGGUUACGGAGAAUUAGUUUUAAAACUCAUAUCAAAUGUAUUACUGAAUGAGGGGAAAUACGUCGUAGCUUUUUGCGUCAAAGGUAAUGAGAAUGCAUGCAAGCUGUAUAAAAAACUGAAUUUCGAGAACGUCCAAGUCGUUUAUUGGUGCAAUUUUAUAGGUAAUUAAUUAUUAUAAUGUAAUCAUUAUCCAAAUGUAUUUAGUGACAUACGAAUUUUAUUUUUAAAUAACCUUUAUUCAAGGUUAUUACAACCGCUAUUAAGUUAUAUUACCAACACAUUUUGUUAAUUUUAUUUUUAAGUUAUAUCUAUAUGGUACGUCAUAGGAAGAAACGCAGAAAAAUUAUAUGUUUUUUUUAGUUUUUAAUGUUUAUUUUUCAUCCAAACAUUAUCAUUAAUUUGUCAAUAAUAAAAAUUCGACACCUUUUCUUUUAGAUAUAACUUAUUAAAAAUCUUAUUUACAACAUAUUCUUCUAUUGAAAACCGAGAUUUUUUGAGAGAUGAAUUAUAAAAUUGCAUUUAUUAUUUUAUAUUGCAUUAUAUCUUUUAGGACUUUCUAU